AUGAGCGAAAACUGCACCACCACCGCGCGGAGAGACUUCUCUCUCCUUGAACUCAUCCUUACCUCGAUCUUCAUUGUGACUAUCGCCGUUGGCGUGCAGGAUCGUCCUUCUGCCGCACCCAAGACAGGGCCCGAGCUUUGCCAAGCUAUUUCCGCAGUGUCUUCAAUUGUUUUUGCCUAUGCAGGCACAUCUGCAUUCAUUUCUAUAGUGUCGGAGAUGCGCGAGCCUCGUCACUAUACCAGGUCGUUAAUUAUAUGCCAAACGGUGGUAACCUCAGUCUAUCUUGCCAUCGGAUGUGUCGUAUACUACUACUGUGGCUCCUACGUCGCAUCGCCCGCCCUUGGCUCGGCAGGCCCUACUACGAAAAAGAUCAGCUAUGGCUUUGCACUCCCAGGUUUGAUUGCUAGCACUAUGCUAGUUAUUCAUUUGCCCGCCAAGUACAUCUUUAUCCGAAUGUUGCAAGGCUCCCGAAAUCUGACUGCCAACACUGCCGUUCGCUGGGUGAGCUGGUUGAGUUGCACCCUCGGGAUCACUGUAGUGGCCUAUAUCAUUGCAAGUGCCAUUCCCGUUUUCAACAAUCUCGUAUCCUUGAUCGGGGCCUUGCUAGGAACUAUUAUGUCCUUUCAGCCCAUGGGUUUGGACUUUGAUGGUGUGCUGGAGCAUAUUCGUGGUAAUCUCGGGGACGUUCCUGAUGAUAGCGGGUGCGUAUGGGUCCGUGGUUGGUAUUAUCGACAGCUACAGAAAGUCUGGGGGCUCGGCAGCCUGGUCAUGCGCGGACAACUCCAACUCAACCUAGAUUAG